GAGUUUGAGGUUCUUGAGUUGAUUGGAAAAGGUUCUUUUGGGUAUGUUAGAAAAGUCAAAAGAAAAAACGAUGGAAAGCUAUUUGUUAGAAAGGAAAUCUCUUAUGAUCGAAUGGAUCCAAAGGAGAGAUCACAAUUAGUUGCCGAGAUAAGAAUAUUAAAAACUGUCUCCCAUCCGAAUAUCGUUCAGUACAUAUACCACGAACAUGAUUCAGAUACUUCAAUGGUUUAUCUCUACAUGGAAUACUGUGAUAAUGGCGAUUUAUCAAAAGUCAUAAAAAAUGCAAAAACUACUGGUAAUCAUGUUCCAGAAGACUUGGUAUGGUCGAUUUUUGCUCAGCUAGUCAGUGCUUUAUAUCGUUGUCAUUAUGGCGUUGAUCCUCCUCCAAUAAAAGAUAACAUUUUCAAAUCAACGCCCAGUUCUUCUUUGUCUCAUCCAGAAAAUAUCAACAACGACAAAGUUGUCAUUCACAGAGAUAUAAAACCAGAUAAUGUCUUUUUAUUGAAAAAUAACAUUGUUAAAUUGGGUGAUUUUGGAUUGGCCAAGUUACUUACUUGUGAAAACGAUUUGGCAAGCACAUAUGUUGGUACUCCAUAUUAUAUGUCUCCUGAAGUUUUAACAAAUCGUCCAUAUACACCCCUUUGUGAUAUUUGGUCUUUGGGCUGUGUAAUGUAUGAACUAUGUGCGUCGCAUCCUCCAUUUGAAGCUAAAUCACAUAUUGAAUUAUAUCAGAAAAUUAAAAAGGGAAUUUUUCCUUCUUUACCAAACAAUUAUUCAUCAAAAUUAAAAUCAACUAUAACAGCUUGCAUAAACAUUGAUCCUGAUCAAAGACCUCCAGCAUGUAUCUUGAUACAAGAAACCUCUAUUAAGAUAUUUAGAAAAGAACUUGAGCUCAAAUUGAAAGAAAAACAAUUAAUAAGCAUUGAGAAUAAUUUGAAAAAACUCGAAGAAAAACUAAGAGAAAAUAUGAAAGUAGAGUUUGAAAAAAUAAGAAUAAAUUAUCAAAACGAAUUUGAAUUUGUCGUCAAGCAAAGUGUCGACAAG